UCUGAGUGGACAUUUUUUAUCAUCGUAGUUCAUUCUGUUUACUACAACAACCCUGCUUUCGGACAUAGGUUUAUCCUCCACUGAUGAGUCGCUUGACCUUUCUGCGUCUACGCGACGACGGUCGGACAGUAUGUCUGAACCACCCGGAAAACGAGCCAAGAUCGAUGUAACGCGACCCUCUCAUAAUAAGGCAUGUGCAAGAUGUCGCAUGAGGAAAAUUAAAUGCGAUGCUCUAUGGCCGGCCUGCUCCUCGUGUAAGUCGGCACACGUGCCAUGCAUGGGCUAUGAUACGACCCUCUCUAAGGAAGUCCCAAGGAGCAUUGUGGCCCAGUUUGAGGACAAGGUCCUCGCUCUAGAGAAGAGAAUCAAAUGUUUGAAAGAGCAAAAUGAGCAACAGGAGGCUUUUUCGGCCUCGGCCAGUAUCGGGAGCAAUACAAAUUUCUACCUUCGUAACGCGUUAACCGCUGCACUGACCACUGUCAUGGAUUUCGAUGGCGCCGAGAGCAAUUUGUAUGUGUAUUACGAUGCUUUUCAUCUGCAGCAGUCAAGCUUGCCGCUACCGUUUCCACCCCAAACACGCUAUCUUUCCAGAGAUGAGAUUGAUGGUAGACCAUCACCUCAAGCGAUAAACCUCUCUGAGGUUCCUCGUGCGGCGGCCGAUCUAAUGUUGAAAAACUACACCGAUACUCUCUCGAUGCGGCAUCCCUGCGUUGGUACGGAGGAGCUGUUGGAGAGUUAUGCAAAGUGCUUCGACUCACCAACCAGAGCCUCAUCAUACGACGUAUUCAUCGUUUGUAUGGUGUUGGCAAUAAGUGCCGCUACGCUUAUCUGGACAAAUGAACAGCACGCAUUAUCUUCAUCUGCCAGCUUCUUCGCAAAGGCUAAAGAAAUGCUUGCGCUACCAACGACAUAUGACACCGAAAUCCGACAGAUCGAGGUGGCUUUGUUAUUAGCACAUUACUCGUUCAUGAGCCCUACGUCAGUUGAUGCGUGGUACUGUAUAGGAGAUGCUUCUAGACGCUGCAUCAAUCUUGGUCUUCAUAAGGAGGCUGAUCCAGGGAUGGGACUCAGUCCGCACGAGCGUGAGACCCGACAGCGGCUUUUCUGGACCACAUGUGGGCUUGAAAGAACCAUUUGCUCUCAACUCAGAUUGCCCUUUCUUCUUGACGAGUCGGAUAUCACAACGAAGUUAUACUCCCCCCCUAGUACAGGCACUCAAAGUUUAGUUCAAAAACAACUAAGAAUGGACGACAAUGACGCAUCCGAAUUCCGCCUUCUUGAGCGAGAGGUGUAUAAUAUGUUAUGGAUACAAAAGCCACAAUACGACUCUAUUACGCUCGAAGACUGGCUAGUCUCUGUAAAUGCUCGAAUAGAUGAUUGGUGUCUACGAGCACAGAGGAUUGAGCUCAGACGAAAGACUUUGUACGGAUAUAAGCGUGUGUUUGAGAUGAGCAGUAUAGGACAAAAUCUCCUAAAAGGACGGUUAUACAGACCAACCCCAAGAGUCCUGUAUCCUUCACAAGAGUCACGCCUUGAGUUUAUCAAGGCCUCUAUGGCUGUAACGAGCCUCUACACCCAAUAUUGCAAGCAGCAUCGACUCAUAUAUCCUUGGUUCGCCGCACAUAAUCUCUUCGAAAUGGCCAUCGCCACCCUCGACACUGCAUGGCUCGGGAGCGACUGGCUGCCACAAUAUGUGGAUCUCCAGGAAGUCAUAUGCUGUAUUCACGAUUAUCCCAAUCUUCUUCGCGAAGUGGCACUGUUUUGGCCUGGUGUCAGGGGAUGCGCAGAUACCGUCACAACACUGGCUGAACCCGUGAUUCGUCGCCUUGAAGCGAUUUACCGGAAUGAAGAGCCACCGGCAAGGGACUGUACGACAUCCAAUGUUCUUGCUUGGUACCUAUUUCCAGACUCUGCACUCACGGCUGAACAAAGAACGGUUGAACCAAAUUUUAACGAAAUUGACAUAUCGGACAUCGAGCAAUUUCAACUCCCCAUGAUAGGCAUGGAGGAUUUCGAUUGGGCUAUGGGAGAGCCAGAACAAAUCUUCCUGGGCCUGGAUUUUACAUAAUCUUUCCCUGUGGCAACUGAGCAACGCCAUACACAGUAUAGUGCCAUGAUCUCAGAAGUGGAGCCUUCGAAGCAGCAUGGUUGUCGUUUCUGAGAGCGAAGCCAACGUUUGUUUCGGGGAUGAACCUUGCUAGACUAUUAGCACCUGCUGCCGACCAGACGUCUCUUUCUUGACAGUCACGUACCUCGUGGCAAAUCAUGGCUUUGUAGAACUUUGUAGAGUUGUAUUAG